AUGGAUCGUGGCCAAUUCGUCGAUAUCGGAGAGUUUGAUAUCGAUGCCGUCGAUAUGGAUUGUGCGCCACAAUCCGCUGAACAUUAUCUGCAGCAGGUGAUUGCUGAUCGUAUUCGGGGACCGUCAUGCGUUGCAGUGGCACGUCCGGAAGUUUCGAAGACGGCUUCCGAUGCGGAAUGCAGUGCUGCAGCUCCAGCUGAACGCGAUCCGCGUGCUCCAAAACCAGAGUGGCGUAAAGCCAAAGUAGCUGAAUUUUCCCUAAUGCGCUCCCGUAUGGAAUCGGCGCCACGAAAAUCCGCACUACGUAUACACUGGCCACAUCCGGAUGCGGACCAAUGGGAGGAGCUCUUGCUGCGACACUGUCACCCAAAAUGCGUUCAUUUCUCACCGGCUUUCCCGCAUCAUCAAGGAACUCCACCAGCAGUCCCCGUUGUUUUAAGCAUUUCACAAGCUACGGUUAACGCAAUCCUGCCUUACGCGGUUGAGUGGGCCGAAUGUGGAGAGUUCACGCGAGCACUACGAGAAUGGAUUUUCGCCUUCCUACUCAUUGUUCAAAAACCGUUGUUGCCGGACGUCUGUGCUGCUAUUCGAGAUUUGGCGAAGCUGUGCAGAAAUCUAAGGAGUUCUGUUGAUAUUGAAAGGAAAGAUGAAAUUCGCGAAUUGUCGUGGUUUAUUGCUGUUGUCAGCGAAUACUUUGGUCAAACAGAUCUAGCCGAUUUAUGA